AUGUCUCCCAGAUACAACAACGUUAUUGUCUUUGGCCCUACUGGCGAUAUAGGCGGCCUCGUUGCUCUCGAAGCCAACCGACGUGGGGCUAAAGUCUGGCUAGCCAUGCGCGACAUAACCAAAGCUAUCGGCGCAAUUCCUGCUGAGGUGGAGAAAUCGGGCAACUUCACUAGGAUCCAGGCCGAUCUCAGCGACCCAGUGUCUACUUCCAAGGCUAUUUCUCAAUCUGGUGCCAAGUCGGCAUACCUAUAUUUGGUCUACACUCCCGACUUCGCCAGGGCUACACUGCAGGCGAUGCGUGAUGCUGGCGUUGAACACGUAGUCUUCCUGUCGAGCUAUACCAUCGGCAUCGGGGGACUGGCUCUCCGAGAUAUUUCACCGAAAGACUCGAUUCCAUAUGCCCAUGCUCAAGUCGAGAUCAACAUCGAGGAAAUUGGAUUCCCAUACUUCACCGCGCUGCGGCCGGGAUGGUUCGCGAGUAAUUUUUUCAGAGCGUGGUUUGAUGAUCAGGCGACACCGCCCAAAGCUUUGAUCGUUGCUGAGGAAUCCGUCCUCGACAAUAUUACACCGGAAGACAUUGCUCUCGUUGGCGGAGCAGUACUGGUCGAAGGGCCAUCAGACGGCAAGGAAACCAUCUACCUAUAUGGCCCCGAGCGCCUCACAAUCAAGGACAGCUGGGACAUUAUCAAGAAAGUGACUGGUCGGGACAUCGACACCAGUUUAGUAACCCCAGAACGAUUUACCGAGCUUCUGUCGGCGAAACAUGUUCCAAAUCCAAUCAUAGAAUACGUAUUGGCGUCGUUUGAGAACACGAAAACGGAAUACCUCGUCCAGGAGUAUCAGAGAGAUGUUGGGAAUGUCGAGAAGUAUUCAGGGCGCAAGCCAACCAAGUUUGCAGACUACAUCGCAGCACACAAGGCGGAAUGGGUUGCUUAG